AUGGCUGCUAGAGCUCUGAAACGAGAAAGGCGACGUUUCAGCACCUCCAGAGCAGAGGAGAGCGGAGGGGGAGGAGCGGCAUUUAAAGACACAUCUUUGUUGUUUCAUAGUGAUGUGGACCUGUACAGAGGAGAAGAGGAAAUAGAAAAAGAGCAGCAGGACAAGCAGCAUCCAAAAGAUGUCUCGGCUGUUGGUGAGACCCCGAGCAGUGUAUCAGCUGCAGAGGAUCUUCAGACCUACAGCGAGAGAGAAUGGAAAGGCAACACCACAAAAAGUCUGCUUAUCCGAAAGGGAUAUGAAGCAAUAGCCAGUGAGUUCAAUCUGUGCAGAGUGAGAGGUGAUAACUACUGUGCUCUAAGGGCGACUCUCUUCCAGGUGCUCAGCCAAUCAAAACAGCUUCCUGCCUGGUUGCACGACUCUGACAUUAGUAAGUGGGCAAAAGAAAUGCACUCAGAUUUUAUUACGGAGUGGCAGUUUCCAUUUGAAACUAGCAUGAGCAAAGUGCAGCAUCUUGAACAAUGUCUGGAGCUACUGAAGAAUAAGUGGCAAGAGGCUGUCCAGUGUAAAAGUCUUGAGGACAGGGAGCACAUGUGCCAGCAUGUGUUCAGAGGUCAUGAUGAAGAGUAUGAGCUUCUUGAAGCGCUGAAGUUCUUGAUGCUGAGGACUGCCAUUCAGUUGCACUCAGAUAUGGAGAAGGGCUCUGACGUACCAGAGUUCUGCUGGCUCCUCUUUGCUCGUGACUCGUCUAAAUGCCCCAAGACAUUUUUCACCAACCACCUCAGACAUGUAGGGUUUAGUGGUGGGCUGGAACAGGUGGAGAUGUGCCUCCUGGGUUAUUCCCUUCAAGAGAUGAUCCAGGUUGUUCGGCUGUACAAGUGUGAUACUGAAGAGUUUAUUACAUACUACCCGAACGACCACAAGAAUGCCAGUCCUCUAUGCUUGCUUACAGAAGAUGACGGACACUAUAAUGUACUCGUCCCCAAAAAGUCCUCCAAAUUUGAUGCAUAUGGUAGACCAAAGUGGAUUCAAUCUUCAGGUGGACAACCAAGCAUAACGACCUGUCUAGUAAAUGGCAAGGAGUUACAAUCCUUCAUGUUUUCCACAUGGCUGUUCUUGAGUUUAUGUUUUGGGAUAUUCUUCUUUCAUGUUUUAAUUCUUAUAAAUUUAAAUAUUUGCUUAUCUUUACUUUUCUACCUAUGUAAUUUUAAAUAAGGAAAAAACUAUACAUUUCUUAAUAAAUUCUGUGCAAAAGUUUUAUGAGACAUAGAA